AAGGAAGGGAGGAAGCGAGAGCGGCGACUUCUGCGGCCCUGGGAGGAAGCGGAAAUGCGUUUCGGUAUUAAAGGCAUCGUCCCGCCCCCAAUGAGCCUCUUUCCGUCUCCGGCCGCUGUAGCGAGAGGAGCCGCCAUGUCGGCGCAUCUGCAAUGGAUGGUCGUGCGGAACUGCUCGAGUUUCCUGAUCAAGAGGAACAAACAGACGUACAGCACCGAGCCCAAUAAUCUGAAGGCCCGAAACUCCUUCCGCUACAACGGACUGAUUCACCGUAAGACCGUGGGAGUGGAGCCCGCGGCCGACGGCAAAGGGGUAGUGGUGGUCAUGAAGCGAAGAUCUGGCCAGCGAAAGCCAGCUACGUCCUAUGUGAGGACCACCAUCAACAAGAAUGCCAGGGCCACCCUCAGCAGCAUCAGGCAUAUGAUCCGCAAGAACAAGUACCGGCCUGAUCUGCGCAUGGUGAGUGACAGGUGGGCAAGAAGAGGUCAACUGGUGCUGCUGCACUUGGAUGGAGUGGAUGGGUGCCAGCCAGGCUGCCAUCCGCCGGGCCAGUGCCAUCCUGCGAAGCCAGAAGCCCGUGGUGGUGAAGAGGAAGCGGACCCGCCCCACUAAGAGCUCCUGAGUCCCCUGCCCCAGAAGCAAUAAAGAAUCACUGACUUUGUCAAUCA